UAGAUAUCACAAAUGGCUCAAGCAAUUGCUUACCUCGAUGACAUCAAACCAUACAAAACCACUUGGAGAGUUCAGGUCCGUGUCCUUCAUACCUGGAAGACAUUUACCACAAAGUUUGGUGAGACUUUCGACAUGGUUCUGUCUGAUGUCAAAGGCAAGAAGAUCCAUGCGUCUGUGAAGAGAGAGCAUCUCAACCGUUUUGAGAAGCUCAUGGUUCCAGGAGAGUGGAAGGCUAUUGAAAACUUUGGAUUGACUUAUUCAACUGGUCAGUUCAAAGCAACUGAUCAUCGUUACAAAAUGGGCUUCAUGGCGCAAACAAGAGUUGUGAGGAUGGAUCCAUUGUCUGAUUCUUAUUACCUGUCAUUGACUCCUUUCAAUGAUGUUUUAACUGCUGGUCUCAACCAGAACUACUUGAUUGAUGUUGUCGGUCAAAUCGUGAAUGUUGGUGAAAUGGAGACUAUCGACGUGCAAAAUAAACCUACUAAAAAGAUUGAUUUUGAACUGAGGGAUCAUACGGAUGAAAGGCUACCCUGUACUCUAUGGGGUUCAUUUGCAGAACAAGUUUUCUCUGCCUGUGAAGCUUCUGCUGGUGAGAUGGUCAUAUGUUUGGUGAGAUAUGCUAAGAUCAAGACUUACAAAGAUGUAAGGAGUAUCUCCAAUGCUUUCAAUACAUCUCAGAUCUUGAUCAAUCCAGACAUCCCUGAGAUUGUUGCCUUCAAAGAAAGUUUACCAAAAGAUGGGCUUGCUCUUACUCUUCUUGAGUCUAAACCAAAGCAGGAAAUGAUCGAGCUGACUACAGGGGAUUUCUAUCUUCAGUUUCCUAAGAAGACCAUCAAAGAAGUCGCUGAGAUGUUUGAUACUGGGAGGGUUAAGGUGCUCUGUACAAUAUAUGAUAUUGACAGAGAUUGGUCGUGGUAUUAUAUUGCCUGUAGGAAAUGCAAUAAGAAAGUGUCUAAGGUUGUCACAACUUCUCUCAAGCCACAAUUCUGGUGUGACUCUUGCCGAUCACCUGUGUGCAAUGUGGUUGCAAGGUACAAGCUACAUGUUAAAGUAAUGGAUUCAACUGGUGAGAUGAAGCUGAUGCUUUUUGAUAGUAUGGCUUCUGAGAUUGUUGGCUGUCCAGCAAACAGUCUCCUUGAUGGAUCGUUCGAUGAGUUUGAGGACCCAGAGAACCUACCUGAUGCGAUCAGACAUUUGACUGGUAAGACAUACCAGUAUCUGGUCUGUGUGGAGAAUGAAAAUGUGUGGAAUGGACUGGAUACUUAUAAGGUAUCCAGAGUUCUUGCUAAUGAUUGUGUUGGAGAGGAAGAUCUACCAGAUGAUUCAAUUGAUCAGACUCAGGGGAGCCUGCUGCUUACCUACUCUGGAGAGCCUUCAGAGACUACUACUCCAUCUUCUAAGAGGAGUAGUGACAGUUCUCUGUCACCAGCUGAUAAUUCCUCUACAACUAAGAAACUUUGUCUUGAGUCAAUCAACGUUGUGAAGAUAAAGCAAGAGAAGGGUGUGAAGACUAAUGAAGAUAAAGUCGAUGGAGUCAAGCUCGAGUGUGUUGCUCUGAAGCAGCAUGAAGAGAACACUGAUGAAGACAAAGUCAAUUUGGACAAGCUCAAGGGUUCUGAUGUUAAGCAGAAGAACAAGAAUAUGAAGUAGUUGACAUCCAACAAUGUUUUUUCUUUUUAGAUUUGUGUUUUCAAUAAAUGGUUUAUGUUAGCAGUUUACACAUUUGCUUCUGUUUUCUAAAAUUUGGAAUGUUAUUUGGUUU